AAAGCAGCAUUGCGGUUCGGAAGUGAGUGCCGGUCAUGACAGCAGAGACACAAAGAUGGAGGUGGUUGGUACUAUCCGCGCGCUCAUCAGGUCGCUGCUCUUCUUGCUGCUGUGGUCCAGCUGUGAAGGACGAGACUCGGAGCUCAGCUAUGUGACCUGCGGCUCUCUAGUCAAACUGUUUAACACCAGACACAACGUCCGACUGCACUCCCACGACGUUAAGUACGGCUCAGGCAGUGGACAGCAGUCUGUAACUGGAGUGGAGAACGCAGAUGAUGCCAACAGCUACUGGCAGAUUCGUGGGAAGCCCAACAAUCCAUGUCCGCGCGGUGCUCCCAUCAAAUGUGGCCAGACCAUUCGCAUCACACACAUGAAGACUGGACGAAACCUCCACACACACCACUUCAGCUCUCCUUUGUCUAAUAACCAGGAGGUGAGUGCUUUCGGAGAGAAUGGCGAGGGUGACGACCUGGACGCGUGGACGGUUCAGUGUGAAGGCAUUCACUGGGAGCGCGACGAGGCUGUGCGCUUCAAACACGUGGGCACCGACGUCUUCCUGAGUGUGACGGGCGAACAGUACGGCCACCCCAUACGUGGACAGCGGGAGGUGCACGGCAUGAGCUCCCCCAAUCAGCACAACUGGUGGCGUACUAUGGAGGGCGUCUUCAUCCAGCCCAGCCAGGAACCGCUGCGCCACGAUGAACUCUGACAUCAUCAUCAUCAUCAUCAUCAUCAUCAUUAGGAGACAUGAGCAUGGACAUGCUUCUGCCUGGACCUGAUGUAUGACUUGACUGAUAAAUCUUUUCUAUGUGAAGCACUCGGGGUGUUUUGUGACAUGAAGGGGGUUGGCAGGCAUUAUUUGUGUGUACGUAGUGUAGCCUCAAUAUGUUCUUUCAGCUUCUUCCUUGGAGAAUGUGAUGAGGGAUAACAUUGAGCCAGGGGAGAUACAUGAGGAUGGCUAUAGUCCUGAAGAAAACUAUCAUUUGAUUAAUUUUUGUCCAGAAAUACAUAAAACAUGCCAGUAGACAUAAUGACAUGUACUGUAUGUAAUAAAGCCUUUAUUUCAUAUUUGGUGUAUAUAGGUGUAAUUAGAGCACACUUCACUGUCUGUCUUUUCGCCGCUGUUCCUGUGUUUGCAAGGUUAUGGUAUCUGGAUUCUUUGCUGAGCUUAUCUAAGCUUAGCAGGUUGUCUAGAUGUCUCCUGCUACCUUAACUCUAGCUGCUGCAUUGGGAUUGGCACAACACAAGAAUGGCUCCAUUAUUGAUCCUGUCAGCCUUACUGUUUACACUGCAGUGUACAACCUGCCAGACUCACAAGGUGGCAGAAUACUCCACCUCAGUGCUGAGUCCAAUUACAAUGCUUGGUUAUAUAUUGUAAUGUGUAACAGUUGAUUGUUUUACUGCGCUUUGUAGAGUGUUGCAAUGGAGGAAAACCCGUAUCUUGUGACCCCGUAGUCCCCGUAGCACAAUUUUGGAGGUCUUUCACAAAGUGACCACAAGCACUCUGCUCACUGUGAGUUUUCUACUGUGGCUCAGGAGGUAGAGCAGUCUGCAUGCCAAAUAUCACUGGGCAAGAUACUAACCCUAAGUUGCAGUAUGAAAGUGUGUGAAUGUUAGAAAGCGCACUCUAGUUUUUUCAUAAAGGCAAACUUUAAGAACGGCUCUGAUGGAGAUCAGGGAGUCUUCAUAUAUCCCAGCAUGGCAGCCUUUGAUAGUCGAGUAAUUAACAUAAUUUUAAAGUGCUUUAAUUAGCCAUUCAUCUUAAAUAGUAGCCUAAGUGAGGAACACAAGUCAUUAUGUUGUGUAUUCAUUCAGCAUAUUUAACAAAUUCAGUAAUACUGAAGCUCCAGUUUUUCAGUGCUGUCAGCAGAUGUACUGUGCUUCAUCUGUCAACAACCACCUCUGCUAUAUCAAGUAAAAAUACAAAAGGACCAGCAAAAUGAUGAAUGGAUUGAACAGUGGAAUGACAUCAGUUUUAUUAUUAAAUGUUAAAAUAUGGAAGAUGAUGGUAAACACUACUGCUUUUCUCUCUCUCAUUUGUUACGUCCCCAGGCUAGUCUAGGGGUUAGAAGGGACCAACAUAAAGGUAAAUAGUGAAGGAGGAGCCAAGAUGGUAAGUUAAAAGGUUUAUUUCUUGCUAGAAAUUCUAAUUCAGUUCCAGUUCAGACUGAGGGUUAGCUUCAGGGAGAGGCAAGGCCAACAUAACAAACAAAACAUCCCUGAUAUGAAAAUAAAAGGAACUUACCUAACACAAAGAAAACAAAAUAUACAACCUGUAACAAGUGUCACCUGGUAGUUUGUUGCUCUCUGCCAGGUGAUUGGCUGAAGAGCUUUGAAAAGGUAGUGGGUGUGUGGGGUGAGGUCAGUGCUCUUCUGCGGAAAAAACCAGAGGCGAUUAAUUCACUCUGGUGCGAGUGGGUAUAUUGUCGUGUGACCACGAGUUUUAAUAGAAGAAUUGAUCAAGCCCUAGAUUGACUGUGCGCAGGGAAACUGAUCAAUAUUCUGUGCUGUCUCUGCUGUCCUUUUUCGUCCUUUUGAUUGAUUUGUAAUUUUGUUUUGGUUAGUCCGUCCAGCUGUAAAGGCGGUUAUUGAUUGGGAGUGAGUUGUGUAAGGGUGGACUAACCUCCCUUUUUGUUUUUUGUUUAUGCCACUUCCCUUUAUAUCCCAGAUUGCAGGUCAUGCAUUUCCAGCUGUGCUGAGACCCGAAUUGUUUGCAGUGCGUGCCACAGGUAAAUCGAUUGCAGUGUCGCUAAACGGGGUGUGACAGUUUGCAGUGUUGUGUUAUUUUUUUUCUCAUGUGCAGCUAGGAUAUCAGCAGGAUGUGUCGUAAGUUCUGUCUGGAAAUAACUGGGAAAUUGUAUGUUUAAUUAAUGCAAUAAAUAAAUUAUCAAUUUAUUUCCUUGCUCCUUUUACUCGUACCUUGUCCUCGGUUACAAACCUAUAACCUACCUAACAUCACAUAAACAGGAGAAAACAGGGAAUCAAAACAAAAGGCAGCUCUCCCCUACAAGCAGUCUGAACUCGGAAACACAAAAUGCACAUACAAGUCAAAAAGGCAUGCAAGCCUGCACAGGUACAGCAAUCAAAAUGGCCAGGGGGCCCAGAAACACAGCUCCACAGGCAUUAAGUAGUUGCCAAUUAGCUGGAUU